AAUUAAUCGGUCCGUUGAGCAGUAUUUUUUUUUGUGACGCCGAAUCUCUGAACAGGUUGAAGCGACCGAAGUGGACGAUUCUCGGUCAGCCGGAUCUGCGACGAUUAUGCAAACACAUUCAAUGGAUUCGUGCAGCUGGUGAAUUCAAGUCUCUUUCUGUGCCUGUGACUCGGGCAACGACUUUCUUGGUGGCUUUAUGGACGACUCUCUGUCUUAACAGAGACUGCCUACAAUGUCGGCCUCGGAGAGGGUACUGGCGAACGCGGACGUCGAAGACACAUUUGCCAUAGCCGACGGCGAUGCUCCUGGUCGUCCACCUCGCGCGCCUCCUCUCCCUGCAUCCGUCAAAAUAAAUGUCGAGGGCGCAUUCAUCGUGGACGAUGAGACCAAUGGCAGGAACGGCGCAGGGAGCGAGUUUGUCCAUUGGGAGCACAAGGACAUUCGACUGCCUCACCAUACCGAUGUUGUCAGUCAUGUCGCAGUCGAUAUUGGCGGAUCAUUAGCGAAACUUGUAUACUUCUCCCGCGAACCUGGUUCGACCCAUGGCGGCGGUCGCCUGAAUUUCGUUAACUUCGAAACCGAUCGCAUCGAUCUCUGCAUCGACUUUAUCCAGGAAUUGAAACAUACACAAUCCAAACUGAAUGGCUCGACCCCGCAGCAACUAUGCGUGAUGGCAACUGGGGGAGGGGCGUUCAAGUUCUAUCACAAGAUGAAAGAGGUGCUGCAUGUGGAUGUCAUCCAGGAGGACGAGAUGGAAUGUCUCAUUAUCGGGCUGGACUUCUUUAUUACCGAAAUACCACACGAAGUCUUUACAUACAGCGAAGACGAACCGAUCCAAUUUGUCGAGGCCCGCGCAGAUGUAUACCCGUACCUCCUCGUCAAUAUCGGCUCCGGAGUCUCUAUGGUGAAAGUGUCCGGUCCUGGAGAAUUUCAGCGCGUAGGCGGAACAUCCCUAGGAGGAGGUACGUUCUGGGGGAUUCUGUCUCUAUUGACGGGUGCUCGAACCUUUGAUGAAAUGCUUGCUUUGGCGGAAAAGGGUGACAACAGCGGCGUGGACAUGCUUGUUGGCGAUAUAUAUGGCACUGGGUACGGUAAGAUUGGCUUGAAAGCCACAACGAUUGCGAGUACAUUUGGCAAAGUGUUCCGGAUGAAGCGGCUUGCGGAGAGAAAUGCUGAAGACGGGGAAGGACUGUCGAACGGCGACCCGCAUGGCGAUGGCGACGGUCGCGUGCAAGGCUUCAAGAUUGAAGACAUGGCGCGAAGUUUGCUAUAUGCCAUAUCCAACAACAUCGGGCAGAUUGCAUAUUUACAGUCUGAAAAACAUAACCUCAAGCACAUAUACUUUGGAGGGUCUUUCAUUCGUGGCCAUACUCAGACCAUGAAUACUCUCUCUUACGCCAUCAGAUUCUGGUCGAAAAGCGAAAAACAAGCAUAUUUCCUCCGCCAUGAGGGUUAUCUCGGCGCAGUCGGAGCUUUUCUGAAGCGGCAACCCAAGAACUGGGGUCGACGAAACAGUCUGGAAGAUCUCAAGCUUGGCAGGGUAUUGUCAAAGGAGUAAAUGAAUUGUUGAGUUCUGGUUCAUGGAUCGUCACGCCUGGAAUCACUGCCUGUCGGGACUUCCUCCGAUUCAAUCACGCAUCGACACAGGUGGUGAGUCCUUAGCAGUAUCCCUCGCUCCCUUCCCGACCGACAAGGUAUAGCCGGGAUUUCCUUCAACGAGCGACUCGAAAUCUAUACUCAGUGUUCCGGCCACGCGGUUUCAGCUGAGGCUGCUGGCUACGGCUCGCAAAGCUCGCAUUGACUGUGUACGCUAAUACUCGGCAAGCCGACGCGUCUCAGGCCAUAUUAACCGACCCGGAGGUGCCUGAAACAAACCCAGGCAGUUUUAAGGCCGGGUCAGCAGCCCAUGUGUGGCGUGGAGCAUGGUCAUACUUUUGCCAGUUUAUCGGGGACGACGAGAGGAUAUCAGAAACUCUGCAGUACGCGCAGGCAUGAAGUUUCUUACACUUCGGUUGGCGACGAACCGGCAAUGCUUUUAGGAGGGAACAGCCCUCACUGGGGUACGAUGCCCUGAAGCUUUGCAACAUGUGGAUGUGCAUCUACCUGAAAGAGCCAUUGCUCUGGUGUCUUGAUAUUGUAUUCAGCAAUUCGCGUUGCGAGCAUGAAUCGGGGUGUGACGUCGAACUGUGGGAAGUGAGGAUCUAAACAUACCUUAUAAUAGUGCUCUCCCGGAUUAACAAGCCGCACGUAGCAAUCUAGCAGGUUAGAUG